AUGAUGGAAUCCCAGUCGCUUCAAGCAGGCAGCAACGAGUCGCAGGAUAGUCAGGCUAUCUUCGAUGCCUACAGGGCCGAGUUUGGCAUCGGCAGGUUUAGCAGUCCGCUUUCCAAAUUCGGAUUGUCUUCCAAAAAUGGCACGGAUGCUCCAAAACAGAUCGCCUCACCCACAAGAGAAGUUGUAGUUCCAUCAUCGGACCCAACAGUCAACGAAAAAGUGGCAUCCGAGGCGGCUGGCUCUCACGACGCGUUAACGGACACGGCGCGUUCAGUGAGACCCGCUUCUGAAAAUGGCUAUCCGUCGCACUGGGACGAGACAGGGGUGGCACUGACACACUCGAAAAAGCAAUGUACUCUAGAGACCAGCAUACGAAGAGGCGUUACCCAGGGCCGCGAGGACCGCGUUAACCUGAUUGCCGACAGAAGCAAAACUCCAGGCCACGACAUUCUCAUCAGUCCACAAGACUCCAAGCACUUGCCUGCGCGUCAUGACAGCGCGAAGCCGCAAGCAGUGCAGAACGAUGCACCCAAGCCUCUAACCAGGAGUACGAAGCCGCCGAAUAGCGCUGCAGCUGGCGCCUUACACAAGAUGGAUUUUUCUCAGCAAACUCCGACCCAGGCCAAUUUCGACCGUGAUUACAGUGAAUUUUGCGAUUUUGUACCCUCCAGUCCUGUCGAAGGUGAUACACAGUCUGGGUCUCUUGAGCCCAGGCCUCUUGAAGAUGACGACACAGGGGCCGUCAACUUUGCUAACUUAAGCGAGUUCGGUCGACCAUCAUCCCAGGUCUCAGAGGAUGCAGGCUUCGAGAACACUAGAGGUGACUGGAGGCAUCCUGAUGGCACUUCGCAGUUGAAUAAUGGGCAAACACCGCACCGGCCUAAUGCCCCGACUUUCGAGACCCCCGCUGUCCCCAAGAAUCCGUUUGCUACGAAACCGAACAUUACUGCUCCUCUAGCCGGAAGCCAAUUGUUCGGCCAGACGCAGUUCUCCUCGGCUGUUAAACGUAUAAGCCCAACGUCGUCACGACCUUCUCCGAAAUUAUUCAACUCGAAAUCGCCAAACCUGAUUGAGACGUCACCCCUGAAGAAUCGAGCCAAUGUUUCGUCACCAACCGAUAUUCGUACAUCGAGCCCCCUACGUCUACAUGAGAUACCCGAGACCUUAUUGACAGACGACCAUAGAGACUUGGGGCGAGUGCAAACACCUCUGGAUGGCCGGUCCGCUGGUGGUGACAUGAUACCAGAGUCGCCCCCAUCAUCAGAACCUACGCCCCGCGCGCAAGCACCCAGGUCCUCGAGCACCACCGAACCAAUGUCCCAUUACGAACCCAUGCAAAAGUCUCAGGAGAGAAAAAUACUGGGGUCAAUUGUGAUUUCUCCUAUGAAUUCCGAUGAUGAUUCCGACGACGCAAUUCGACGGAUGGAGAGACGAAAGAAGAUUGAGCGGAAAAAGGCACAGGCUGCCGAGGAACUGGGCCGAGUCAGUUUUACACCAAAGAUAUGGCAAGACUCCACGGGACAGCCAUCGAGGAAGAGGAGAAAGCUCUUUGGGGCUGAUAACCCGGAAGCGAGCCAUGCGACGUCAAAUGUUGACACGGAUGUUAACAAGCGACAAGACCUGCCCGCCAUCGUUGAUGAUUCCCAGAAAGGAUUGGUGGCUUCAAACGAACUUCCUGUUGCAUCGACAAAAGCUACUCCUGGAAAUAGUGCUCCCGAAAACCACCAGAUUGACCAUGAUGGCGACAUGGUAUUGGUGGAUGCUGAUAAGGUUGUUGUGGAUGAAGAUAUGAUACCGGCCACCAGUCCAGCGCCAUCUCUACCACCUACAGCACCUGUAGAACAUCCAGAGCCAUCAGAGCCUGAGCUACCUCAGUUACGGAUGGACGAUGAAGAUCUACCAGAAGGGCCAAACAAUCACUCUGAGCCCUCAUCAUUGCCUCCGCCACGGAGACGGACCGCCAGGACCUAUGGUCGUGCAGUUCGGCAAAAACGCGGGAAUCCUUUCCUCAGCUCUUCCAACUCGGAUGGGUUGAUGGGUGAAAUAGAGCCGAGACCAAUGUCCAUGUCGUCACCUUUGCACAAGGCGGGUGGAGUUUCAAUGAUAGAAGAAGAGUCAGAGCAGGAGUGUCAGCCACCUCAGGAGACGAUCAAGGUUGAUGCGAAUCCGACAUCGCGGUCCACGAAGAUGGCUCGGGAUGUUUACGCAAACCUCCCUCCACCAAUGACUACUCGCUCACGACUCAGCGGUAGAGCUGGGGCAACUCCAGUAACCCCACUGGCCAGUCGCUCGACUGGUCAAAUUUUACCAACAUCGUCAAGCUUGAGUGUUUUAUCAACGACACCAACCUGUUCUGCCAAGACAACACCCGGAACGCAAGACUCACCUGGCUCUGAUCGGCCGGAAUCGGUGACUCUUCCCUCUCCAGGAGGCAACCACAGCUUGCGCAAGGGGCAUAUUCGAUUAGGAACAAAGUCAGUGUCGCCUCAACAAGCAGGAAAGUUGAGAAGAAUAUCGAAACGGUAUCCACGUCUCGACUCUGAAUCAACCGAUGAACUGCACCUUUCGCCAGCUGCAAGCGUGUUAGAAAGAAGUAUUGUACACAAAUCCAGCAGGUCCUUCAAGCAGAGCUUCGCUUCUGUACCUCGUACAGGACGGCUGUUUGAUGGUAUGGUGUUUGCACUGUCCUUUUCAACCCAGUUCAAAGCACAAGAGCGUAAGAAGAUAGAGUCGAAAAUUACACAAUCAGGGGGAGCAAUUCUCACAGAUGGGUUCCAGGACAUGUUUGAACAGUCAUCCAUCAUGAGUACUAUGAAUCCAGUGAUGGAUGAGGAAGAAGCCUUGAGGCUUACUAAAACAAGUUGUGAGAGCGGGUUUACAGCACUUAUUGCCGACAAUCAUUCGCGCAAAGUCAAAUACAUGCAGGCACUGGCACUGGGUCUUCCUUGUUUGGCUCCUCAAUGGAUCAUGGCCUGCCUCAACAAGGGUGCUAUCGUGGACUGGGAACCAUAUUUGCUUUGUGCAGGCGCAUCUACUGUGCUCGGAAAUGCUCUCCGGUCACGAAUCUUGACUCCGUAUUCGGCGGCUGAAGCGAGGCUGGCUGAGGUUAUUGAACAACGACCACGGCUUCUGGACGGGCAACGGGUCCUUGUUGUUGUAAACUCAAAGAAGUCACGCAACGAAGCUAAGGAGCCCUAUAUUUUCCUUGCGAGUGUCUUGGGCCCAUCAAUAUCGAGAGUCUUCUCGACACAACAAGCUCGAGAAUUGUUGCUGGAACAUCAGAAAGCAGGAAAUCCAUUUGACUGGCUAUAUCUCGAUAAGGGUACAGGAACAGUGGAGGCAGUUCUCUCUCCCACGGAAACAACGGGUAAUAAGAGACGACGGAAGUCAACACCGGCCCAAGCCAAUAUCGUGGACAUCCGUGUCUUGGACGAUGAGCUUGUGAUACAGAGUUUGAUUCUGGGUCGCAUGGUGGAAGAAAACGAAAUGUAUAUUUAG